UUGAUGUCUGGUAAAAUGUCCGCCAUGCAAUUCCUUCCGGUGCACAAGUUGUGGAGCUUCAAAGCUGUCUGUACAUAUCUCCAAUCCACGCCACCACCUGAUCCUCUUUGGCACCCUUUCGAGUUUCGACGGGAAUGUCACCUUUCUCGUCUUCUUCCGUAAUCAACCUAUGGAUCAAAUAACGCUACACCACACAUUGCGUGAAAUCUGAAGCGAGGGGUCAUGAACUACUGCAAUUCAAGGAUUCACUCACCCACGACCAAGAUCAUGAUCUGGGGUUACCUCGGAUUUGUUCUGUGCGUUGUUGAUGUUCUGUCUCCCCCAAAAGAUUCAAAAUGACAACGCUGUCGUUCAGAAGUUUCGCCGAGCAGAAUGUGGGCAGACACGGGGUUGCAUUGAUUUACGCUGCUCUGGAAUUUUUCAUGAUCGUCUUGCUUCUUCUUGACGGGUUUCUGGCCUUCUUCUCCACCGAAUUCGCCAAGCUUUUCGAAUUAAGACCCCCCUGCGUAUUAUGCACCAGGAUAGAUCGCUCACUGGUUCAUCAUAGAAACUUGACUUCCUAUUGGAGUGGCUCGGUCUGCGAAGACCACAAGAGGGGCAUUUCCUCCCUCGCGUAUUGCCAUGCCCACAAGAUGCUUUCGGAUAUCAGAACCAUGUGCGAGGGGUGCCUUCUCUCAUUUGGAGGCAGCGCCACAAGUUGUGACCGGUACUACAAGUCUCUGGUGGGAUUCCUGCAUAAGGAUAUCGACUGCUGCUUUGUUGUUGACAACAAUGAUCCCAGAAUAAUUCCACCAAGUCUUUGCAAAAGAGAUUCUUAUGAUGGAAGUAAUUCUGUGAUCCAGAGGUGCUCCUGUUGCGGGGAGCUUCUGAGGAGGACGAAAUACGUGAGGAGUGAGUCUUUAAAAGCCCCCAUGGCUCCUCCCCACACCCCUCAAGCUUGGGUGACAAAUACUGGGGAAAUAAGCAGUCCCGACUUGCCUCUAAUUUCUUGCACAGAUGAACUCAAGUGGAUCUCCAAUGGAGAUGAUGACUUGAAUGGAGGUGGGGAGACUAGUAAACCCACGAUAAUGCCAUUGCUACCAGAACCUGGGGCACUGCAUGAGGAGGUCUGCAAAACCCCAAGCUGCAGCAGAUUGAACAAGUUUUUCGGCAUACCUUUGUCAGAUUCAAGUCAAGUUAGUCCUAGAUGGUGUAAUAAUAAAAAGUCGAGAAAGAUGUCCAUUGAUUUCCUCUCAGAUCUCAGUGAGAUGAAUGAUGAUACGAAUGAAGGAGACGAUGACAUUGUAUUUCGUUUGAAGAGGCAGGUUCUUUUGGAGCGAAGGUCUCUCAUGUCUCUCUACAUGGAGUUGGAUGAAGAGAGGAGUGCUUCAGCUGUGGCGGCGAACAACGCAAUGGCAAUGAUCACCCGGUUGCAGGCUGAAAAGGCAGCUGUCCAGAUGGAAGCAUUGCAGCAUCAGAGAAUGAUGGAGGAGCAUGCUGAUUAUUACCGAGAAGAGUUGCAAGUAAUGAGGGAUUUGCUGCUAAAAACAGAGGAAGAGGUAAAGGUUCUAGAAACUGAGCUCGAGAUGUACAGAGACACACAAGGAGCAGUGAUCUAUAAUAUAGAGAGUGAAAUAUGUGAGGUUGAUGCUGAUGAAGAUUAUCAGAGAAUGAGAUCUCAAUGCAUCUCACCCUUUAGUGAGAUAUCAGAGUCUGGAAACCGAGUUGUUGAAACAGAUCAUGAUCGUGCAUUACUUCCUGAAUAUUCUGGGCUGCAUGCGAACCAGGACUUGGAUGAUUCAUCUCUAGAGACUGAGAGGUCUCGCCUUCUGUCAUUGCUGUCAAAUAUUGAAAAGAAAAUCAGCAUCCCAUCAGAUGAAGGAUCGCUUGUGGAAGUGACAUCAGAUAGAGUGGAAGGGCGUGAUCCACAAGGAUGGGGAAAUGAAAAAAAUAGUUGCCUUACUAGAGAAAUGUCAUCCAUCAGAGAAAGAUUGAGAACCAUUGAAGCAGAGAGUGACUUCAUAAAGCAUGCCGCAGUGACUAUGCAAAGGGGGGAUGAAGGGAUUAAGCUUUUGACAGAAAUAUCUGACAAUCUACGAAAGCUUAGGGCUCUAUGAAGACAUCCCCGGACCCCAACAGGACUUACAACUCAGUGAUCAUCUCAAACCAAUUUUGCCACUUUUUUUUGCUUGAUUUUAGUGUCAACUAAUUUUAGACGGUUAUUUAAUUCAAACUAUGAAUUUCAUGCCACUGACAACAAUAUAGUUGGGACUGAUGGUGGUGAUCCUCCAAACCAGCACUUCCAUCAUCCAUCUGCAUUCUCCCUUCCGAAUUAGUACCAUCAAGCAUCUGUAUAUGCCUUUAAACAUUGUAAUAUUAUCAGAUUAUCAAGAUUUUAGCUUAUGGUUUUCACAUUUGAGAAACAAAAAUGGC